UACAGAUUGUGACAGCCCAUUUCCUGGAACAAACAAAACAAACGACAGCCGAGCCGCGGACGAGACCACCGACAGGAUGUCCCCGGUUUGCGUUUUAAGUGCUCGAGAAACAGAACGAAGAGGUUCGGGACGCUGGGAGACGGACUCGUAGCGGUGGACCCGACGCGACGAACCAACGAGACCGCAAUCCGUUAGCAUCUUAGCUAUAAUUCGUCGAAUUUUUUUUUUAUUUUUCCUCGUUACAUCGUUUAUGUCGUCCCCAUUGUCUUCAUUGUGAAGUAGACACGCGUGUAACCGCCUUCUUAAAUGCGUCCAACGAGCUUCCAAACUAUUUGUAUUUACAUCCCCUGUCGCUGUUUUAACUCUUCAGCACAGCUUGCCACUUACAGCUUAUCAAAGAAAAGCACGUUUGCUUCUUAUCGAUUGUUUGUGCACGUUAUUGAUCCGAAGAGCAAAGUGUUUUCCGGGACUGUUGUGAUGUAAGAUUCGGGGUCAAGAUGGAGGCUGUGCGACACAAGAAGACCAAGGCAAAAGUUGGCGGAAAGCCGGUGAGGAAGCAGAAAACGACAGAAGCCAAAAAAGAUGCGGCCCCGUCAUCCAUUUGUGUCGACGCCUCCGCCUCUGAAUUCGCCAGCAUCCCUCUGUCCCUCCCGCAAGAGGAAAAGUGUGAGCCCACCCGUACCCCCGAUCCGAAAGCCCAGGCGACGGACCUCCCCGCAGACUCACGGGCUUCGUUAACGUCCGUGUUAACUGAGACUUUACAGCCAAGUCCAGAUUUGUCGCAGGCGUCACGAGUCACCCAGCAGAAAGAAACGGAUUUGGGCGUCAGCGUUUUGGAAUCCGAGCUUGAGGUGUCGUGCAUUUCGACCCAUCUUGAUGUCAAACACGUCCCCAGUGCUCCUUCGCUGUACCCAUCGGUCCCCGCGCUGGAGGAGGGAUCCUUGCUGGAGUUUCACGGGCGAGCUGUGAAGAACUGCGGGAAAGGACCCGCCGUCUUGGCGCUUGCCGAGCAGGAAUCUUCUCCUCCGAGUCUGCAGCCCCUCGAGUGUGUGGCUGAACUCUCCAGGAACAAACUCUACCCCGAAUUACCAAGAACCGCAACGGAAGUUCAGCCGUUCUCGUUGGAGCAGCUGAGCGUUUGGGAGCCCGGAGGAGGGCUUCGAGCUUGGCUAGAAGGCGUCGAAGUGUGCUCGGGUCAGUUCUGCGCGCUGGCGCGACAAGAGAGCCACGAGUUGACGGAACUUCUCCAGAACUACUGGCGCUGUCGCAGACAGCUGACUCAGUCCCACACGCAAUUGCACACGCAGUCGUCGGACUGCAAAAGCGCUCAAAACCGUCUGUGGAGCUUCAGAGACGAACAGCUGACGCUCCAGGGUGUGUGCGCGGAUCAAUCCAAAGUGUGCGGGUACCACCGUUUCCAGCAGGCGGAGUUCGGUAGGGACGCGCUGGCCGAGCUGAGGAAACUCUUCGAAAUCCGCAGCGAGCUGCUCCAUCAGAAGGUGGCGCUGCACGCGUACACCGCGUUGCUCUCACGCCUGCAGGUGGAAUCAUACUUGCACCGCUUAUUAAAAGAUUGUUCUGAAAGCCAAAGACAGCCGCGUUCCAUUCAACCGCUUAAAGAUGCCGUCAGCGUCCUCUUUAGCUUCACGCGACGCGUCCUUGAUGACGCCCAGUUCCAGACAGACAUCCAUCACUGGUUGGAAAUACUGGUGGGAGUGUUGCUGCACGUUGGUGGUUCAGGAGAGCACCUGUUCGUGCUCGGUCACCUGCUGUGCUGUCCUGCUGGGGUGGGCAAGUGGGCCGCCCCCUUCCUCCAGAUCGAAGUGUGGGGAAACGCCUGUGGAGUGCAGGACUUCAUGCAAGCCUUGGCAAUUCUAAUGUCACCUGCUCGACACCGUGCUGAGUUUUUGGCACAUAUGAAACCUUGUGAGAGCCUUAAUCCAGCUUCAUUUGGACCUGAGUCAGGCAACUGGACUCUUGUGGAUGAAGGAGGAGAAGAGGAUGAGGAUCCGGAGAGCAGUUGGUUGCUGCUUUGUGAGGACGACCUCGUCUCCUUCAUGACCCAGUUCCCGUUCCAGCAGCUCUAUUCACACAUGCUGGGGAUGAGCAAGCACGGCGUCUAUGAGCCUCAGGGGUACUCCAGUCAGAAGAUGAUGCGCGUGUUUGCUUUCGCCUCCUCGCUCGUUGAAAUCCUUGCCCUCGGCCUGCAAACGUACAACCGGUCCCGAUACAGACAGCUUGUGAAACGAGUCGGACACAUCAUACGGAUGACACUUUGUUACGUCAGUGAUCACUGGGCACAAUAUGUCAGCGUUACUGGUACCACUGGGUCGAGCACCCAUGCGCACGCUUUGCCUCUAGAGAAGUUGCAGGUGGAAUAUGAUCACCUUUUUCUCAGAUCUGUUCUGCAUGUGCUCAGAAACAAGAGGUUGGGAAUUUGGUUGUUUAUGUCUGAGAUGCCAUACGGGACUCUGUCCAGCCCCAUGCUUUGGAGGAUCCUUUACGUGAUGCAAUGUGCAGAAACAGCAGGACUGGAAACUCUUAGUCAUUCAAAUGACACGCAGUCCUUCAUUCAGGCUCUAAGAGAACCCGAUCACCAAGAGAGGUUUGAGUCGUGGUUGUGUGAGGUGAACAGCUCUGACGGCAUCUCGCUGCUCACGGCGCUUGCGCACAUGGCCACGCCCACUCAGCACUCCGAUCCUGCCUUUGUCACGACCAUCACUCUGCUGAUUUACCAGGUGUCUUACGUUAGUGUGUCCACGAGAGAAAUUUACUCAAAGGUCGGAAGAGAGCUGUUGGCUACCAUCGCGUCAGCCCAUCCCCACAUUAUCUCUGUGCUUCUGGAGAGGCUGCGAGAAACCAUCCAAGCUGUGGGCAUGGCGGCACUGUACUUGUGUAAAGAGCUUCCUCUGAGCCUUUGGCAUCCACAGCCCGAGGAAAUAUGCGUGAUCGGCGCGUGGUUGCUCCAGCAUCCUCUGUCCGCUGUGGAGAAUCGUCUGGCCUGUGUCAUACUGGAGGGUCUGAACUGGGGAUACUCGCCGGAUGGCUCCUUGGCCUUGUCGUCGUCGCUCCACAGUAAAGUGGCGCUGCUGGUGGCUGAGGCCUAUCAGAAGUAUCUGACUGACAAACCUUAUAGUGGCCUCAUAUCAGAAGGGAUCAAACAGGUGUCUUACCUCGCCAGCGUCCUUCGCUUGGGCGUAUCCCCUGAAGUGUCUUUCAGUCAGUGGGCGUGGCAGCUCUUGCUACGACUAAAGCUUCAUGCCAACGCACAGAACCCCAAAGGGGCCUGGUCAGUCCCCGCUUUAGUGUCCGUCCCGCCUGCAGAACUUACCCACUCUCCCAGCAUGCACUCUGUUCUCCGGGCUGUAAAAGCGGGCAUCCCCAUCGGAGCAUACCUGUCGAUUGCCAUGACGACAGUGGGACAUAGCCUGGAGCACUUUUGCACCGACGGAGUCAGCUUGUUGAAGAGCCUGAUUCAGUCUCGCCACCUGCGGGCCGCAGUGCAUCUUCUGGACAUCAUUCUUCCUCAAAUCUACCCACUCAGUUUCUACCUUCUCAACAACUCUCAGUUUGUGAGUUGCAUUCAGUUAUUCUUGCAGUACGACAGCGUGUGUCCUCAGGGUGUGACGCAGCAAGUCACACACCGGGUAGCGCCGCUCCUCACCGGAACCACCUACGGAGACAAUGUGCGACUGCUGAACAGUGUCAUACAGUGCCACGUGGUCGAGAGUUCACAGCCCAGCCGUGUUGGCGCUGUUGCCGUGCUGGAGUUUUGGGUGGGGAUUUUGACCCAGCAGAACUUGUGGUACCGGGAUAAGACCGUGUUGUUCCUCAUGGAUCAGAUCUGCUGUGCGGCAUUCACACACCGUCAGGAGGAAUGUCUGCUGAAACUCCUCCACCAACAACACAAGAAUGCUUUGGGUUACCACGGAGAUCGAGGUCUGCUCUCCUCUCUGGUUGGUUGGAUUGCUGGAAAUGCCACACCUUCCUUCAUCGAGGGCCAAUCACUGAGUACUGAGGUUUGGUUUGCCUGGCUGGUGCUUAAUAUGGAGGGCACAUUUGAGGAGGACUCUCAGCUUCGACCGUGUGUUGAAAAUGAGCUCCUUUCGGAGCCUAAUAUCGCUCCAGAACAAGCCUUAAAGAGGGCGCAGCAGAGGCUGAAGUUGCCGGUCACCCCUUCUUUGCAACGGCUGCAAGUGUACCGCUGGGCCUACCAGGCAUUAGCCACGCCCCCUGACCACCCCCUCCUACCUCUUGUUUGGCAAAAGUUCCUCCAGCUCUACCUCAGGCAGGCUGGUCCCGAUUAUGGACUGGCCGCCGGGGGAUGCAUUGGCCGCCGUUUUUUCCAGGCAUCCUCUCAUGCCGCUUUACUGCGAGACUUGAGACAGAGAAUACAAACCGUAUCCGACUUCCAUCAUGCUGCCAGCCAGGCCCUAAAGGUGCCCCCGGCAGUCACACCCUCGGCGGAAACCCAGUGCGACCGACGUUCCGGCAGCCCCCGUCUGUCUUACCUCACCUCCCCUCAGCUGCACACGGAGCUGGUCAGGCUCUUUGGCGUUUUUGCCGUGUGGUUGGAUGAUGAAACGCUGCAGAAGCAGGAAGUUUACCUCCCCUCUCUCCCUGCUGAAUAUGAACCACACAGGCUCGCGCAGGUUAUGCAGCAGCAACAGGUACUCUGGCUGGAGUUUGUGGACCAAGAGCGUCUGCAGUAUGACAUGAUGGAGGUCCUGUCCCUGUGGGAGAGGGUGCAGAGUGAGCCGUCUUUCCUCCAAACCCAAAACUUCAGCUUCACUGACUACACCAGCCUCAGCAAUGCAAAGGAACGUAUCCGGUCCAACUUGCAGAAGCAUCCAGUACCUCGUCCACCCCCAGAACUCCAACACUUGAAGACUCCAGUGGCUGAAGUUCCCAGCAUUUGUCUCUCCGACUCCAAAGCUGCUGCUGAACUGCUGCAACGGGAUCUCGGGAUCCUGCAGGACCAAGCCAGGAUUGCAGUAUCACGAGAAGCCCAGCAGGUGGCGAUGGAGCAGGAGCUCCUGGAGAGUCUUCCUCUGCUUUACAAGAACCGAUCGGAGCAAGUGACCAUGACCCUGGAAUGUAAAGGGAAAGGAGGGCAGCCUUGCAAGGGUCCGGCUAAUAUCACCAUCACGUGCGAGUGUGUCCAGAGACAAGAGGCUGUGCAGACUCAGAUAACGUCGCUGCGGAGGGACAUCAAGAACCUUCAAACUGACGCCAUGGCUCCUCCUCCCCAAAGUCUGGCUCAGGCCGCCGUCCACACAGAAAACUUUAUCACGGCUCUGGUGAACAUGUACAAAUCGCAAAAAUCCCCAUCAGUGCACCAUGUUGGGGUGUCAGCCUUCUACAAGGUGGUGUCCUACGUGUGUGAAGACACGCUACGCCACCCGCCAACACGCCAGUACCUCUGCUCGUGCGUGGAGAUACUGGGACAGGUGUUCAUCCAGGGCAAUGCCGAAGAGUGUGGGCGUGUCCUGAAGUCCAUCCUGGAGCAGAGGCGUCUCUGCCCUCUCAUUUCUCCUUUUUUCACGCCCAACGCGGCCCCCGCCCAGCUGGUCCUGCUCUACCAAGAGGUGGUGACGUCCCUGCACUUCGACAGUGCCGAUGUGGUUUUCAUGCUGCUCACCAAGUUUGAUUUGCCCGCGUGGCUGAAUGAAACGCAUCCCGUGUUUUCCGAGAGGAGCCGCUUACUCGAAUUAGUCCACGGGGGUCUUUGCGUGUGCGGCCGAGAUCCCGAACCUGAUCUCCUCACCCCUUUUCACCUUUUCACCAAACACUGGACCUCGCUUUUACGUCACCGCUUCCCCGACCACUACAGCGACUGCCUGCGUCUGCUCACGACCAGUUCCUCAAACCAAUUACUGAGUCCGGAAUGCUGGAAAGUGACGACGCGAGUGCUCGGCUGCUCCCCUCCAUCCCGCAACACGAAGAACAAAUGCGAGCAAGGUCACGGCUCGGACGCGGCGGCACGCGCAACGGCUUCCCCGGGGUCGCCACGCAGAUCCGCACCGAUCACCCUCUCGCCUCAGCAGGUGAAUGAGACGAUAGAUUGGCUCAGCGACUACUUCCUGCGUAGUCGCCUCAGCAAACCUGAUCUGCGUACUUUCGGCCUCUACUCUGCCUGGUCGCCCUACAUCGCCGAGGUGGCUUCCUUCUGGGACUAUUUGGUCAGCUGUCUAACCAACGCAUCACUUAGCGGCUGUGCAAGAGAGUCCGUUGGCAGCAAUAGAAUAAUAAAAGCUCUUCACGACCUUCACAGUAAGAUUGUGAAGUUAUUUAAGCCUUGGAUCUUUCCCCUGGACACCGACGACGGAAGCAAUGUCAAGUGCUACCCGUGGCUGGAGACGGACGCGACUACCGCGGGGCGCCUGGUGGGCCUCUACGCUCAACUCACCGACAGACUGCAUCAGAGAUUCAAAGACCGCCUCCUCCCCGGCCAGAGAGGCGUCCUGUGGCUCAGCGUGAUGCAGUACUGCGAAAGCUGCACCUCUCCGCGGACGCCCGAGUACCUGUUGUACCUGCACCACACUCACCUGCGCGGCCUGCCGUGGAGAUACCUGCAUCCCGACACCGUCCUCAUGGAGCAGCUCUUCAAUGUGGAGAGAGGAAGCCCCAAAAGCUGCUUCCUGUUCAUGGGGGACGUUUUGUGUGAAGUGAACUGGGUCAGCGUCCUAAGCGAGCAUUUACAGCCACCUCCGGAACCCGCGGCCGGCCCGCCUCAGUCCGGUGCGGACCCUCGGAAGGAAUCGCACACCAUGCUGGUGUAUCUGCUCUACAUGCUGGUUUUUCUGGCGAAAGAGGAGCAGCUGCUCAGCCAGCAGGACUCUCCGCUCCUCAGUCUGUUGACCCAGUGCACGUCUUUGCCCUGGCACCAGCUAGACCUGUCGGCCUACCAGGGGGUCCUGGGAUACGUCGGGAAUUAUUACAAUCCCUCGCUGCUGCUCAGCGCCGAUUCCGCAACUCAGUUGUUGCUUAAAUCGCUGCGUAGUGCGGCCGGGCUUCACCCCCGCCCCUAUGAAGCUGCGCACACGGAGGAGACGCCGAAGGCGGCGGCGUUCUUGUGCUGGUCCGUGCGCUGCUUGGUGGCGCUGGAGCAAUCGGGCGGCGUCAGCGUGAGCGUCCUUGAGACGCAGCUGGAGACGCUGUUGGAAAACGUCGUCACGUUCAGCCCGCCAGAAACGGGUCUGGAGGAGCGGCACAUGGCGUUCUGCAGCCUGUUCAGCGGCGCGCUGGCUCUGCUCAACGGAGUCGGCGUCUCCGCGGGCGAGGCCCUCUCAGUCCGGGUCAUCGCCUGGCUGGACAGGAAGGGGCGGGGCUGCCCGAUUCUGCCCCUGCUCACCGCUUGCUCGCGCUGUCUGGCCUCGGUGAGCCACAUGACGCGCAUCAUGGAGGCGUGCAUCACGGCCCACUUCAACCACGCUGAGGAGGAGCGUGUCGGCUGGGGUCCCGUCCUGGCGUCGCUGCAAGUGCCCGAGCUCACAGUGGAGGACUUCCUGUCCGAGAGCCAAUCAGGAGGCAGCUUCCUCACACUCUACGCCUUCGUCCUGCAGCGCCUUAACUCCGAACACACGGCAGCCAACGAGAGGAGGACGCUGGCUCUGAUCCACACGUGGACCCACCAGGUUUUCCCCAGCGGACCAUGCAACGAAGCCAAACUGUUUCUGUGGUGGCACAAAGCGCUGAAUCUGUCCCUGGAGCACUUGCAGCCCCAAGCGGGCCACACUGAACUGUCCGGAGUGGUCUCGGGUCUGCUGAAGUUGCAAACGCGCCUGCUUCAGCUGGGAGAAGAAAGACUCAACUCCGGACUGCUGGGGGCCAUCGGUCUCGGGAAGAAGUCCCCCGUUUCCAACAAAUUCCGGGUCGUCGUCCGCAGCCUGGCGGCGUUCCUCUCCGUGCAGGUGGCGUCGCCAAGCGAGCUCCGACUCCAGCCCACCUCCGACUUGCAACUCUCCGCAAAAGCGCAGCAAUCGCUGGGAACGCUGGAAGCCAUGACCGGCAAUAAGCAGUACGCUGAAGUGGAAGACUCGCUGAAAAAAGCUCUUCAGUUCAUCCGCUACCCGGGUCACUGCCUCAAAGACGGACCUCGACUCCUGGCCCUGCUGACAAACCAGCUCUACCCGGACCUCAAAUACUUGCACGUCAUCCGCUGACCCAAACGCUGCCUGGUGCGAUGAACCCCCUCCCGACCCCCGACCUCCGCCCCCGCCCCCUCUCGGGAAAAUCAUCGAUGGAGCACACUUGUCGAGAAACUGGGACUGCAGUUAAGUGGCCUCGGGAGUAAAAAAAAGUUCUCAGUCGGAGCGUUUGUUCAAGAGCCGAUCCGUUUUCUUGGCAUCCCGUGUCGGCGCUUUUCUUCCUCUGCUUAUCGUCGGGCCGUUUUUUGCUCUUUUCGCGGCUGAUCUGUUCAUCGUCAUUGAGGUCAAGACCGCGGACCGCUCCAACGGGGAAUCCAAAAAAAGAAGAAAAGAAAAAUGGAGGAAGUUGAAGGAGAUGUCGAACAAAAAAAAAUUAAUAGAGGCUCGGUACUCUUCACACACAAAAGAUGGCCGCCUUUCUGAAUUAGCAAGGAGUCAGUAUUUAUAUUCAUAUUCAUCCCCGACCAAAAGUGCUUUCCAUGAAGGAAUAUUAAGGUCCACACUGAAAAGUUUGAAAAAAAAAAAAGAAAUAGUGGGAGAAGUCGUAAUGAUACAAAAUAAAGUUGUAAUAUUUCGGGAGUAAAGACACAUUUUUAACUUAAUAAAGGCCAAGAUGAAAAACAUACAAUUUUGGUACAGUGACAAAUGUUGUGGAUAUAUUACUUUUAAUUCCAUUUUCACAAAUAAUAAAACCCCAAAAAGCUCCAUCAUGAAGCUGAACACUUUGAGAAAUCAAAUUCAUCCAUCAACCCAUCCAUUUUCUUUCCCGCUUAUCCUCACAAGGGUCAUGGGGAGGGAGAAAACAAAUAUGAUAUCUUGAUGAACAUUAGGCAGAUAUUGAGUUCAUGUGCGAAUUUGGACUCUACAAUACAACUUUUGUUCUUGACAUAUUAAAAUAAAUUUUUCCCCCCUUAAAAAAUAUAGAUUUUCCUAAUAAUUUCUCAUAACAUUCACUCAGAAUUGUAAAUGUUUUCCUUUUCGGUGUGGCUGUAAUAGUCCUUGGUAGCGUUUUGGAGGGGGGAGGGAGGAAAGAGGUUUUUGUUUUUUGUGUGGCAGCACGGUGGGCUCAGCUGUUAAAGCGUCGGCCUCACAGUUCUGAGGACCCAGGUUCGAUCCCGGACCCACCUGUGUGGAGUUUGCAUGUUCUCCCCCGUGCCUGCGUGCGUUUCCUCCCGCAUCCCAAAAACACGCAACAUUAAUUGGACACUCUAAAUUGUCCCAAGGUGUGAUUGUGAGUGCGGCUGUUUGUCUCGCUGUGCCCUGCGAUUGGCUGACGACCAGUCCAGGAUGUACCCCCGCCUCCUGCCCAUCGAUAGCCGGGAUAGGCUCCAGCACGCCACGCUACCCUCGUGAGGAUAAGCGGCAAAGCAAAUGGAUGGAUCAUGAUUGUGUAGUUUCGAGUCCGGUACCCCAAAUUCUUGUAGGUUCUGUAAUGUUCUUCCGUUCCGAUCCGUUUUUCCACAUUUCCACCGCCAGCGCCGUGCGCUGACUGUUAAUGCGGAAAAGGUUUCAGUCGCCGUUUGUCGGGAAAGCUCGGACGACGCUCGCGCGUGGAAAAGUGGAGCCGCGAGACACCCCAAACUCCCCGCCGUUCUCUCCGGGAGCGACAAACUGCAAAAUAAAUCAUCUUUGCGCAACGGCGAGCCAUCCAGCGCCGAGCUCACGUGCGAGUACGUCGGACGUCCUCGUCUGACACCGCUUCUGGCCGCCGCGGUUUCCACGGUUACGGAAAGAGGGAGAGGAGGCGGGAGUUAGACGGGUUUGCUUUGAGACCGAAAAAAAAUUCAAAAAGAGGAGCGGGGGAU